UAAACGUCUUUGAAACACUUGGGAAUAAUACAUUCUGAAUAAGUUAUUGGGAGGAUUAGUAAUUCUCAACUUAGAACCAUGUCUGGCGGUACUGGGGGAAUCCGCAAGCUGGCGGACAAGCUCUUCACACCCAAUGAAAUUCGCCGCUUUCAGGCCUACAAGAGUCGCUUUAGCCAAAAGUAUCUAAGUUUGGAGGGCUUAAAGUCAAACUUUAAGAAACCAGAUCUGGGAAAACUAUUGAAUUAUCGCGUGUUUUCGACCCAAAAAGAAGGUUCCCACGAAGAGCCCAAAGCCAAGCCAGAUGAAUGCGAUCCCAGUUGGGAUGAACUAUUUCCCAGGGGGCCGCCUUAUGAGCCCCGCAACACCCACUACUGGUAUCCAGAUGCCGAGUAUCUCAACGAAUUCAAAAACAUUGUGAUGUAUCCCACCGGUGAUCAGUGGAAGCAGCGACCAAAGAUGACCGGGAAACAGAUACCUCCAGUAGAUCGUACCUUUCGCACCAAGUUCAUUAACUUUGGACCCGCCCAUCCGGCUGCCCAUGGAGUACUCCGCAUGAUCCUGGAGCUGGACAACGAGACGGUAUUGUCCGCUGAUCCGCACAUUGGCCUGCUGCAUCGCGGCACCGAAAAGCUGAUCGAGUACAAGACCUAUGUCCAGGCUCUGCCCUAUUUCGAUCGCCUGGACUAUGUCUCCUGCAUGGCCAAUGAGUUGGCCUAUGCCCUGGCCGUCGAGAAACUGCUGAAUGUGGAGGUUCCGCGGCGGGCCAAGUACAUACGCACCAUGUUCUCGGAGAUCAUGCGGCUGACCAAUCACACCAUGGCCAUAGCCUCCUCCGUUUUGGACUGCGGAGCCAUCACACCGCUCUUUUGGCUCUUCGAGGAGCGUGAGAAGCUGUACGAGUUCUCGGAGAGAGCCUCGGGGGCGCGGCUGCAUGCCGCCUACAUACGGCCAGGGGGCGUGGCCUCGGAUAUUCCGCUGGGCUUCUGCGAUGAUCUGUACCAGUUUUGCCAGCAAUUUGGCGAUCGCCUGGACGAGGUGGAGGACGUGGUGACCGAUAAUCGUAUCUGGCGAAUGCGUAACAUUGGCAUUGGAACAAUCUCUGCCCACGAUGCCCUCAACUGGGGAUGCACUGGACCUGUUCUGAGGGCCUGUGGCAUCAAGUGGGAUCUGCGCAAGCAGCAGCCCUACGAUGCCUACGGGGAAUUGGACUUUGAUGUGAUUGUGGGCUCCAAUGGAGACUGCUACGAUCGGUAUCUAGUAAGGAUUCGGGAGAUGCGCGAGUCCAUCAACAUCAUUGAGCAAUGCAUCCAGUCCAUGCCGCCGGGCGAGAUCAAGGUGGAUGACAUGAAGAUCAGUCCACCGCAGCGGCGCAGCAUGAAGAUGGGCAUGGAAGAGCUGAUCCACCAUUUCAAGCACUUCUCGCAGGGCAUCCAUGUGCCACCAGGGCAGACAUACACGGCUGUGGAGUCACCUAAGGGAGAGUUUGGGGUGUAUCUCAUCUCUGAUGGCUCAACGCGUCCAUAUCGCUGCAAGAUUCGCCCAGCCUCCUAUGCUCAUUUGGCUCUGAUGUCCAAGAUUGCGCCCACACACUUUCUGGCCGAUGUGGUGGCCAUCAUUGGGUCACUGGACAUUGUCUUUGGCGAGAUUGAUCGUUGAAUUUAUAAUAAUUUAUAGGAUUUAUAGGCAUUUCAGAUGGGUUUAACAUUAAAGGCACAAAUUUAAGGA